UCUCUCGCAUUUGAACUCAAUUUCUCUACUUCUCUUUGUUCAUCUUCUCAAUCUCUCUGUCUCAAUGUUAAAAUUUCUAUAUACAUCUUGUAUCAUAGUCCUUCUUCUCCUACAUUGCAGCCAAACACUCUGCCACACCAAAGGAAUCCGACCCAACAAACGGCCGGGGAAGAAUUUUCCGGCCAAUCUGACAAACACCCAACUGGCAGAACAGCAAUUCAUGAGGUGGGUCAGAUUCGUCGGGACCCUCAGACACUCCCUCUUCUCCACAGCAAAGAACAAGCUCUUCCCUUCUUACACUCUGACUGUGGAUAAGAACCCAUUGGUGGGAGAUUUCACGUCGAUUCAGGACGCCAUUGAUUCGAUUCCUUCUAUUAACUCAGUGAGAGUCGUGAUUAAAGUCAAUGCAGGAGUUUACACGGAGAAGGUGAAUAUUCCUCCAUUAAAAGCUUUCAUAAUGAUUGAAGGGGAAGGAGCAGAUGUGACAAUAGUUCAAUGGGGAGACACAGCUCAGACAUUAGGGCCCAGAGGGCAGCCUAUUGGGACCUUCAAUUCUGCAACAUUUGCUGUAAAUUCUGCUUAUUUCAUAGCCAAAAACGUCACUUUCAAGAACACAACCCCAGUUCCAGCACCAGGGGCAGCAGGAAAGCAAGCUGUUGCAUUUAGAAUAUCAGGAGACACAGCAGCCCUUCUAGGCUGCAGAUUCUUGGGUGCGCAGGAUACACUCUACGAUCAUUUGGGUCGGCAUUACUACAAAGAUUGCUACAUUGAAGGGUCCGUAGAUUUCAUCUUUGGAAAUGGGCUCUCACUGUAUGAGGGAUGCCAUGUGCAUGCAAUUGCUCAGAACUAUGGAGCCCUCACAGCCCAAGGAAGGAAUAGUGCUAUGGAAGAUACAGGGUUCUCAUUUGUGAACUGUAGGGUAACUGGGUCAGGGGCCCUCUACUUGGGGAGAGCUUGGGGGUCUUACUCGAGGGUGGUCUUUGCCUACACCUACAUGGAUAACAUCAUCAUCCCAACAGGCUGGUACAAUUGGGGUGACCCCACCAGGGAAACGACUGUGUUCUAUGGGCAGUACAAAUGCACUGGUCCAGGAGCAGAUUAUGCAGGAAGAGUUUCAUGGUCAAGAGAACUGACAGAUGAGGAGGCCCAGUCCUUCAUCUCCCCAAGCUUCAUUGAUGGAACUGAAUGGCUCAGAUUAUAGUCUUACAAUAAACCUCAUUGCUAUAUGAGAAAUCUCCUUUUGUUUUUAAAAUACAAAAGAGAGCAAAUGAAUGUAUGCAAUUCCCUUCUCAUAUCAAUAAAAAUCAUUGCUUAUUUUGUACCAAAACCACACCAUCACACU